CCUGCUGGUCGUCACGGAGAGGCCGUGUGCCGUGCGUAGGGGCCGCGGCGGCACCCGGUGUUGGUGGUAAAUAGCCGCCUUGCCAAGCAAGACGCCUAAAUUGGGCCCGAGCUUACUUGAGCCCUUCUGCAUUACUGGGGGGGUCGUCAGUUCAGAGCCGUUUCGUUUCUGGGUAGGCUGGAGGUGGUACUGGUGCUUGCCGUGUACGUGUCUACUUGCUGAGCGACUCAGAAAUGCUGAAAUAAUUUAAUUCUAAAGGGUUCAUUAUAGCUAUAAAUGUCCCAAGUGGAAAGGUGGUGUUUUCAUUACUUUUGGCAGAUGAAUCCUAAUUGGGAGGAAGGGAGGAAAUUACUAUAUCUGCUUUUGUAAUCUAAUCUAGAUAGUUGGCUCUGAGGAGAGGUCCUGAUGCCUUUUUCAUUUAAUUUUUUCCUAUCUAGCUAAACAUCCAGAGAUAAAAGCGUUGAUGAAGCCAGACUACAACUUGAUCUGGGUGGUUGUGCUAAUGGUUCUUGCGCAGUUGACUGCAUUUUAUCUAGUUAAAGACUUGGACUGGAAAUGGGUCAUCUUCUGGGCAUAUGUUUUUGGAAGCUGUAUUAGCCACUCCAUGACUCUGGCUAUUCACGAGAUCUCUCACAAUAGUGCCUUUGGCAACAGCAAAGCAAUGUGGAAUCGAUGGUUUGGAAUAUUUGCCAACCUCCCUCUUGGUCUCCCGUACUCCAUAUCCUUCAAGAGAUACCACAUGGAUCAUCAUCGUUACUUAGGAGGCGACGGAAUUGAUGUGGACAUUCCUACCAACUUUGAAGGCUGGUUUUUCUGCACCCGCUUUAGGAAGUUCAUAUGGAUUGUUCUUCAGCCUUUUUUCUAUGCGAUCAGACCUCUCUGCAUCAAUCCCAAACCCAUUACUCGACUUGAAAUAAUCAAUUUGUUGGCUCAGCUUUCCUUUGAUGUUGUGAUAUAUUAUUUAUGGGGAGUCAAAUCCACUUUUUACAUGCUUGCUGGUUCAGUACUUGGACUUGGGUUGCACCCAAUUUCAGGACACUUCAUAGCCGAACACUACAUGUUUUUAAAAGGACAUGAGACGUAUUCCUACUAUGGGCCACUUAAUUUGCUCACUUUUAAUGUUGGCUAUCACAAUGAACAUCAUGACUUCCCCAAUAUUCCUGGCAAGAGCCUUCCGCUGGUGAAGAAAAUAGCAGCUGAAUACUAUGACAACCUGCCACAAUAUAACUCUUGGAUAAAAGUACUGUAUGACUUCGUGAUGGAUGACACAAUCAGCCCAUAUUCGCGUAUGAAAAGGCAAUUAAAGGGUGAAGUGAAGCAAGAUUAAAGUUCCGGCAACCAAAAAACUUUGAAAUGUCUGCUUGCUUUAAAGUGGCUGGUAAGGUCUCUUGCUAAAGAUGUUCACCAGUGUCCUGAAUUAAGAUCUACAGCAACAUAGCAAUGCACUCUAAAGGAUUUUGUAGCAGACUCCUACCAGCUGUAACAUUCCUUGCAGUCCUCUGAUUUGUUGGUUUAAUGUGUAUAUGUUUGCCUAAGGAUCAGUGUUAAUGUGCAUAAUGCUAAAUCACUUUGUUACAGAAUUUGCUUUGGCAGGUGUUAAAUCUAUAUAAAAUACCUGUCUGACUCCUCAAUGUUUUAGAAGUUCUCAAUGUAGUAUGCUGCCCACAACAUGCUAUUUAGAUGACUGUAGUGUUAAAAUGCUGUACUUACCUGUUGAUUCUAACUAACAUGAUUUGUUAACUUAAACCUUCUGUUGAACCUUCGUCCUAACUUAGUGGGUGGAAGAACUAAAUUUGCACAGAAAUGUUAAGUCUGCUUUUAUUCAAAUAUGUAACACGUCAUUUGAAGCACUGCUUUAAAGUUCCACCUUUUCAACUGAAAGUACCUUAAGGGAGCAGCCUAACAGAAUGAAAUUGGCAUCGAGAUGGCUCAUGUGACUGCCUCGUAAAACAGUGGGGAAGUGCCAACUCCCUACCUACUGCUUAAGCUGCUUGUGUUGGCAUAUAGCUGGAGCGGCUAGCACUUGGAAUUGUAUUGUGUAAGCCACUAAUUUAAUACAACUGAUUAGUUUUCUUGUAUUUGAAAAAUCUUGUUACAGUUUGGUUUUUUUUCUCUGAUCUGCAAAGACAAAUUAUUAGGCUUGUCCUAGUUGGUUCUGAUGUUACCAUGGUUUUAAAUGCUAACUCUAAUAUUUACACUCAUUUGGAAUUUUUGGCUUCUAUGGAAAACUGAAUCAACUGAAGCAGAUACUGUCCUGGCCAAAAAGGCUAGCUACAACCCCUGACAAUUAAGCAUAUUAGUAAUUUGUGUACACAGAAAAGUGUUGCUAAAUAAUCUUGAUGCCCUCUUGUGUCAAACCUACAGUACCCUACAUAAACACUUAGCUGUCUUCCAUAUUAAAAUGUGGUGAGAGCACAGGUGGUAAUACCAAACUUCCCUGCUUAAGGAGUUUUAAAAUUGGGAACAGAGCCUGGAUAGGCUUGCUGAACCCUGAAGAACUAGUAUCUACAUACCUCAAGCACAGUAUAUUUGCUUUCUAUCAUCUAAUGCGUUGAUGAUGGCUUUAAGCUGCCAAAGAUGGCUAUGAAUCGCCCUUCAAUUUCAAAUAGCGAUCCUACAGUAUGUCCUUCACUUAUCUGAACGAUGGAAUCUGAUGAAGGUGGAAGUCUCAGCUAUUGUCCACACUGGUCUGCUGUAAGUAACUUAAUAUUUAGGUGCCUUCAGCUCCUGCAUUUUGUGGGGUUUUGGUGUGGGCUGGUUCCUUUUUUUUUUAAGAAGCUGAGUGCCUGAGAAGAAUGUGUUGGUACAACUUAACCCUCACUUGAUUGCAGUCCUGUUUCUAAUGUGCGUGCGUUUUAAGUGUGGGCCCUUAUCUGUGGUUAUGUAAUAGAAGUGUAUGAAAGCAUGACAACCACUUACAAAGUGACUUCGUAAUGAUGCCAAUAACAUGCUAGCUAGCCAGCAUAUUGCUCAGGGUAUAGUGUAAUGUCAAAAUCUACUUUUAUCCAGUAUUUUUACAUGUAAUUAAAAAGCAAAGAUGAAAGUAACAUCGGGUGAAUUUUUGAUUUGUCCCCUAAUGCUGAAAGACAUGAGCUUUAGAGAAAUUUGGCAUUUUUAAAGCAGCUGCAAGAGCUGUUCUAUUGAGUGGUGGUAUAGAUGAACUGUAAAGAGUCACUGUCUUGCCUUUCUACUGGGAAGAAAACUAUUUUGGCUGAAAGACCCAAACAGGCUUAACAAGUGGCAAAACUUGUUUCUUUUUAAGCCACAUCUGUAUGACUGUUUCUCAAUUUAAGAAGUGAAUGGUGGAAUUAAAUCUCUUUGAUAGCUUGCCAUAGCUGAAUGAAGGACGGAAAGUGUCUCCAAAAAGUUUCACGGCUAAAAGCUAAAGUUGAGAAACUGCUUAUCUGAAGUAUUCAUCUAAGAUAAGUGAGAGCUCAGAGUUUAACUUUCAUACUUGGGCUUCGAUACCUACUUCAUAGAAUUGCUGAUGCCCCUUACUGUCCUCCCAAAAGGUAGCGCAAGUGUGAAUUCCUGCUUUUAAAUGGGACUGAAGUUGCCAUCUCUCUUGUUAAAAAUUGCAAAUACUGCUCUAGGGUGUCCUGACUGGGAUGUUCCCUUCCAACUCUUGAUUAUAAAUAUCCCAUUUUCACUUCAAGAGCUGCAGAAUAGUGGGGAGUUCUGAGGGAGAUAUCUGUGCUUGCCGUAUUCUUUCUGAAACACAUGCUACUGGCUGCCUACUGGAGAACAUUUACUGCUCUAGGUUAAUCUGAACCAGUGAGACUCAUGUUUGGAUCUAAACCACAGUCUGAUUCCCUACAAGCAUUGGUAACUACCGUUCUUGGGUAUAGAAUUCCUGUGUAUACACACAAGAGGCUUUGGCAUUUAACUUCAGUAGUAGGGAUUUUGCCAGAAGCAGAUCAUCUGAAAGUUAACCUAUAUUUUGGUUUAUAUAUAGUCUAUAUAGAUUAUUAAUAUGUUAAAUAUAGUAUGUGUAAUAUUUUAUAUACUAUGCCUAAUAUAAGUUACAUAUAAUUUCAUCCCUAAAAAAAGUCAGAAGCAUUUCUGAACCACUGGUAAAAGGAAUGAAGACCAGCUGGACUACUUGGCUUGUGUUUGAUAUAUUCUAAAUUCAAAACUAGUUUUCUCCAGUCAUAAAAUGUGUUUAGUCCAAAGGCAUGGCACAAAGAUAAACAUGAUUUUUUUUUUAAAUACAUAUGAACUAUCUAGUUAUUGUUUUUAAGGAAUUACAUUUUAAUAGCAUUAAUGGAAACUAUUUAUCUGGCAAAACCAAGUAAGUAUAGUUCUUGAUAUACUUUAUCUGAAAGUUGGAGGGAGCUUUGACUAACCAGUGAAGAUCAAAUUAAACCUACAGAGCAUUAAGAACCCUGACAUUAACAGAAUUAUAAUUCGGUUAAAGUUUUUCAGAUGGAAUGAGUUGUUAACUUUGUCCUUUCUUGUUAGGGUUUGUUCCUUUCUGUGUCACUAAAGCAUCUUACUAGUUUGUCAGUUUGGCAAAGCUCUCCUUUAUGUGAAAUCAGCUAGGAGUUUAACUGUCAAAACACAGCUGGCUUUGGGUCAGCAAUGUUAAAUGUGUCAUCCAAGUAUUAUGUUAGCUGCAGUUAAAUUGUGGAGAGCUCUGAAUCCCCUUCAAGGUUUUCAGAGUAACUUGCAGUUUUCAGAAUAAACUGCCUGGCGUGGCUUGUAAUGCAUGCACACCCACCCCCCCAACCCCCUUUACUUGAAGCUGCUUAAGUGGAGUAAGUGAUACAUCCUGCAGUCUGAUCAUACUAGCCAUGAGUUUUACCACAGGACAGGCGUGGGUAUAUUCCUCUUUCAGAACAACUCUUGCCUCUGGCAUUCUUCUUUUGCUGCUGAGCCUGUCUGUUCCACACAUAACAUAUACUUAAAAGUCCACAGGUGUUGAGAAAUGGAUCUGUACUAAGUAAGCAGGCACUGUUAGAUAAUGAGCUCAGUGGUUGACCUCUGCCUUCUUGGCAUUUAUUCUUGUAUUAGAUGAAGUGGCAUGCUACAGUAGAACUUCAAGUUGUUCAUUCCUUAUUUAACGAUGAGGUUCAACAAGCAAUAAUGUCAAUGCUAUAGAUUGGGGGAUGCCAUACUAAUCCAGUUGGACAAACAGGAGAAAAGUUGCUUUCGGGUAGUGAUUUUGCAUAAGUGGUCUAAGACACAGCCUUUGGAAAGUGUACUGUAAUUUGAAAGUGUCUCAAAAGACUUAAGGCAAAGCAAGUUCUACUGUUUUAGCUUGCAAGCUGCAAAGCACAAGGAGGCACUUCUGGGUCUGCCAGGAUUGCUUCUGCAAGGUCCUAAAAAAACAGUCUGACAAAUAGGUGUGUCUAAAUCAUGUAGAUGUGCCUUUAGUAUAGCAACCUGCAACUCUAUGUACACAAUUACCUCUUCUCUAUCAAAUCCUGUAUUUCACAAUCAAGCCUGCAGUAGUAUACAAGAUGUCAGUGAGGACAAAAUGUUGAAGAGUUUCCUGUUUAGGUAAGAAUGAAGACAGCAUUUUUUUUUUCCUUCUGACAGUUCCUGUACUGCCUCUGCCCCCUAUCUGUGCUUAAGUUAGCAUUUAAUAUGCUCUGGGACAAUCGUUACUGUGAUUUAGAUAUGUAGCUAGCCUCAGGAAAAGGGAGAGAAGAAUAGUGUGAUGAACAAUUUCUUGAUCUUGCCCCAACAGAAACAUGACUAGAGGGAAAACCUCCUGUAGGCAUUUCUGCUAGGAGGGGUGGUAGCUGCAUAUGCAGAACAAAGUAGUGGUCUCUAUUAUGUGAAAAGGCUUUUUCCUUAAAUUGAUCCCUAUUUUCUAUGUACAAGUACAAGAGAUUUUACAAUUUAUCUGUUAUCAAGUUUUUUUCAGUGCUAAGUACUAUAGCCUAAGCAGAAUUUCCCCCAAGAAAAAGCAGUGGUGUGGGUGCAGUACUCUCUUGCGUGAAGUCAGAGUUCAGUUGCCUAACCGUGUUUGCUCCUUGACGCACAUGUAGCCCAGACAAGGUAAGCAAACAGGAUAUGGAUGCUUGACUGAUCUGGCUCUUUCUGCCUUUCAACUUAACUCCAGAUUUUCUUGUAAAUUCAAACUCUCAUGCACCCUGCUUCCUCUUCCCCUAUCACAUGUUAAGAAGGAUUAUCAGAUACUUUGUAUAAUAAAAAUGGUGUGUGGUAGAAACCUUGACAAGACUAUAUUAUUAAUACUUGAAUAGUAAUACUGUUAUUAUUACUACUUGAAUAGUAUUUUCUCCUUAGUCUUGCCUUGCAAGUUCUACCUUGCUUUCUUGCUUCAUUUACACACAGGAAUAAUACCAUGGUAACAGGAAAGAAGGAGAAAAUUCUUGGGUGAAUAUGCCAGGGCUUCAGGACUUUACUUGUUUGUAAGCUCAUCAACUGCAGCUAUCCUUAAAGGAUUUUCCUCUAUAUAUCAAUAAAGGAGAAAUCAUUCACGUGGCUAUUUACAACUGUAAAGAGUGGCUUGCCACACUUCUUUCCCAAGAAAGGAUGACAUAUUUCUAAAUCAUAUCACUGAAGCUGUAUCACAGGAGAUAUUUUUCUUUUAUUCCUGAUGAGUUCUUUUUAUAUACAGUUCAUUUGUUUUGAAACCAAUGCAUGCCACAGGCAGGUGAAAAACAGUGAUGCCUUUAGAAUUAAUUAUCAUAUUUAAAGGUAAAAAUGGCUGACAGUGUCAAAAUUUGUAUUUGAGGUAGCAUAUAUUGCUUUCAUAGGGCUCCUGCUUGGUUCUCUUUUUCAUUGGUCAACUCUCAAACACUCUAGUGAAUUCAGUGUGUUGUUGUCCUGAAAGGGGUCACAGCUUGCUUUGACACAGUUGUGGCUUCCUAUAAAGCAAAAAGCCUUUCGUUUAAGGUAGGUGGUAAAAAAAAAAAAAUCCUCAAACUGUAAAGUUGUAGAUGUAGAGCUAGAACAGGAAAAAGUCUGUGUAACAUAGGUGGUUCUUGUGCAGCUCUGUACAUGACAUCUAGUUAUGAUUUCACAUUAAAUUAGUCAUAUAACUGAUAUGCACUAAUUGCAUUGCCUUGCACUAAUGAAUAUCCACAAGUGAAACUCUUCUAAGAGAAAAUUAUGAUCCUUCAGCUUGGGAUUUCUGGGUGUCUCAGUAAUUCCUAAAGCUCCAAGCCUGAUUUACAAUUACAAGCAAACACAUCAUCUACUUUACAUGCAGGGACUUCAUUUGUUAGUCAUAUAGGCCACAACUUGAGUCCCUGAGUUUCAGGCUUCCUGAGAAGAGGGAGGGAGUAUCAAAUGUGCAAAAAAAAUUACAGUAGUAAGUACAAGCUGCCAUGAGUGUCAGUAGUUUUAAAACACAAGUCUGUGGUGAUCAGUUAUGUGUAACAGCCUUCCACAUUUACCUUUGGAGAAAAAUGUGCAAGAUUUUUUUGUCAGAUGGCAAUUGGGACAAGAAUUUCAGUUGUAAGGUGCUGUUCCCUCAAGGCAAGGUCAAUCUUGAAGUUAGAUCAGGUUGUUCAGGGUCACAUCCUACCUCUUAAAUGUUAAAGUAGGGGGGAUGCUUGUAGAAUAAAUGUUGCUUACAAAAAUUAUUUUACGGUUUUAUAUGGAAAUUUCAUUACUCUAAAAGGAUUUAAAGUUUGGUGUUAUCAAAUUGGAAAGUCUUUUAGCAGAAAUCAUCCAUUUCUUAUUUUGAUCCUUGAGCAAUGGUUGCAGGAAGAUUAAGACAGAUCAAAGAUAGGAACUGAUAUUAAUGAUUAAAGGAACUUCAUAGAAUCAUGACAGUAAAAAAUCCAUGAAGGCUUGUAGGUUUCAGAAAUGAGUUACUCGGUAUCUGUCAUGCUUCAUUGUUUUGUCUUAACUCAGUACUUGCCAUUUUGCUGGUGCUGAAACUUUGACCCUCUUUCCAAGAUGGAAUUUCAUGUACUUAAAAAAAAAAAAGCUUCAGGCUCUUGGCCUGUUUCUUAAAACAAUAACAUUUUCCUUCCUCCAGAGGAUGUCAAAACACUUGAGCUAAGGAAUUCAAACCUGUAAUAGAAUUUUUGUUGUUGCAGAUUUGUCUGUUUUUU